UCGAGGUUUUAUCAUGGCGAGGGAAGCUGGACGUGGCACCUGCAGCUCCGGAGGACACUUUAUCAGCCCGGUGCAACUAAACAAGUCAUUUUAAUAACAUGUAAAGUGAGUUUGGCAAUGUGUCAGGACAGGAAGCUGAGUUUAGUUCCUGAUAAAUCACUAUAAGUGGAGAGGAAAGAGCUUGACAUGUCCCUGCUGUGUGUCAGAGUAAAGAAAGCCAAACUCCAGGGCCCUCCAGAUAAAUUCAAUGCCUACGUGACCUUGAAGGUCCAGAAUGUCAAGAGUACGACGAUCACGGUGCGAGGAGACCAGCCAUGCUGGGAGCAGGACUUCAUGUUUGAGAUCAGCCGCUUGGACCUGGGGCUCAUCGUGGAGGUUUGGAAUAAAGGUCUCAUCUGGGACACCAUGCUGGGGACGGUGUGGAUCCCUCUCAAAAGCAUCUGCCACUCGGAAGAGGAAGGUCCUGGAGAAUGGACGUUUUUACACUCGGAGGUUUUAAUGAAGGCAGAUGAAAUCUACGGCACCAAGAACCCGACGCCUCACAGAGUUCUCCUGGACACCCGCUUCGAGCUUCCCUUUGAAAUCCCAGAGGAUGAGGCUCAGUAUUGGUCCAGUAAACUGGAGAGCAUCAAUGCCAUGGGGAUGCAUGAUGAGUUCCCGCUACAGGAUGAUGGAGUAAGACGUCCUGUUCCCUUAGCAACUUCUCAAUGCUCAUUGGAUGAUCUGGACAGUGUAAUGGACGAUCGGGACAGUGACUACAGGAGCGAAACGAGCAACAGUUUACCCCUGCGCUACCACAGUACGGCUCAGCCGAACUCCUCUGUUCAUCAGUACCCAGUGGGACCACGUUUCCGUCAACACCCAGACUCCUGCACGGACUCGGUGCAUAGCUUUGAACUGGACUACAGAGACAAUCAUCCAAGCAGUCCUGCUGGCAGUAGUCGUUUUGGAUCUUCAGGAAACCUCAGCCAAGCCAGUUCUCCACUGAGUGAGAUGGGCCAGGAAAGUGUUACAGGUUCAGAGCUAAAGGAGUCCUACCACUCAUUCCACAAUACAGGAUAUCGCCCACCUGCAAAUGGACACCACCCAGCCAAUGGACAUACCUCCUGGAGAGAGGAUGAGGGGUUGAAAUCUUCUCAAGAGAAGGGUAGGAGGGAAAGCAGGACUUCAAAGAAAGAUAAUGUUCCCCAAGUGGAGAAGAGGCCAGAAACACUUCAGAAAAGUUUCCAGGAUGAUGGAUCUGCUUCGUCUGUCUCUGCUUCUCGAAUACACUGGAUAAAGGCCUUCAACAAAGUGAGACUUCAGCUUCAGGAGGGCCUGGAGAAUGGAGACAAUUCCAGACAUGAUUGGGUCAAAGCAGGAAGUGGGAGUGGCCUGUUUGGGAUUGACAGCAUGCCAGACUUGCGGAAGAGGAAGCCAAUCCCUCUUGUUAGUGAUGUGGCGCUGGUCCAGGCCAGAAAAGCAGGCAUUGCAUCUGCCAUGGCUUCCCGUGCCUCCGUUAAAGACGAGGAGCUGAAGAACCAUGUGUAUAAGAAAACGCUGCAGGCUCUGAUCUACCCCAUCUCCUGCACUACACCACAUAACUUUGAGAUUUGGACGGCGACGACACCGACGUACUGCUACGAGUGCGAAGGGCUGCUGUGGGGUAUUGCACGCCAGGGUAUGAGAUGCACCGAGUGUGGGGUCAAAUGUCACGAGAAGUGUCAGGAGCUCCUCAAUGCAGACUGCCUCCAGCGCGCGGCAGAGAAAAGUUCAAAGCAUGGUGCUGAAGAUCGCACGCAGAACAUCAUCAUGGCCAUGAAGGACCGCAUGAAGAUCAGGGAGAGGAACAAACCUGAGAUCUUUGAGCUCAUCAGGGAUGUGUUCAUGAUCAGCAAAACGCUUCAUGCGCAGCAGAUGAAGACCAUCAAACAGAGCGUUCUGGACGGGACGUCCAAAUGGUCGGCGAAGAUCACCAUCACCGUGAUGUGUGCACAGGGCCUACAGGCCAAAGAUAAGACGGGCUCCAGCGACCCUUACGUGACUGUCCAAGUUGGAAAGACGAAGAAGCGCACCAAGACCAUCUACGGCAACUUGAACCCGGUGUGGGAGGAGAAGUUUCACUUUGAGUGCCACAACUCGUCAGACCGUAUUAAGGUGCGCGUGUGGGACGAAGAUGAUGACAUCAAGUCCCGCGUGAAGCAGAGGCUGAAGAGGGAGUCUGACGAUUUCCUGGGACAGAGCAUCAUCGAGGUGCGAACGCUCAGUGGAGAGAUGGACGUCUGGUACAACCUGGAGAAAAGGACUGAUAAGUCAGCGGUGUCCGGUGCUAUCCGUCUUCACAUCAGUGUGGAAAUUAAAGGAGAAGAGAAAGUGGCUCCAUACCAUGUGCAGUACACCUGCCUACACGAGAACCUGUUCCACCAUACCACAGAUGUGCUUGGGCAGGGGGCGGUGAAGAUCCCGGAUGCUCGUAGCGACGAUGCCUGGAAGGUCUAUUUCGACGACGUGGCACAGGAAAUCGUGGAUGAGUUCGCGAUGCGUUAUGGGAUCGAGUCCAUCUACCAGGCCAUGACGCACUUUGCAUGUCUCUCGUCUAAAUACAUGUGUCCCGGUGUUCCUGCGGUGAUGAGCACGCUGCUGGCCAACAUUAAUGCCUUCUAUGCUCACACCACCGCCUCCACCAAUGUCUCCGCCUCUGACCGCUUCUCUGCCUCCAACUUUGGGAAAGAAAGAUUUGUCAAGCUCUUAGACCAGCUGCACAAUUCCUUACGCAUUGAUCUCUCCAUGUAUCGCAAUAACUUCCCUGCGAGCAGUAAGGAGCGUCUGCAGGACCUGAAGUCCACUGUGGAUCUACUCACCAGCAUCACUUUCUUCAGGAUGAAGGUGCAGGAACUGCAGAGUCCUCCAAGAGCCAGCCAGGUGGUACGAGACUGUGUGAAAGCCUGUCUCAACUCCACCUACGACUAUAUCUUUAACAACUGCCAAGAGCUCUACAGCCACCAGUACCAGCCAGUAGGAGACCCGAAUAAAGAUGAAUAUCCUCCAGAAGAGCAGGGUCCGAGCAUCAAGAAUCUAGACUUCUGGCCCAAACUCAUCACGCUGAUAGUUUCCAUUAUAGAAGAGGAUCGCAACUCAUAUACACCUGUUCUCAACCAGUUUCCUCAGGAGCUUAAUGUAGGGAAGGUGUGUGCCGAGGUGAUGUGGGUUCAGUUCUCACAGGAUAUGAAGUACGCCACAGAGGAGCACGAGAAGCAUCGCCUGUGUAAGAGUGCUGACUACAUGAACCUGCACUUUAAGGUGAAGUGGCUGUAUAACGAGUACGUAAAGGAUCUACCCGCCUUCAAAGGAGUCAUUCCUGAAUACCCCAUGUGGUUCAUGCAGUUCGUGCUGCAGUGGUUGGAUGAGAACGAGGACGUCUCUGUGGAGUUCAUGCACGGUGCACUCGAGAGGGACAAGAAGGAUGGCUUCCAGCAGACAUCUGAGCAUGCUCUGUUCUCCUGCUCCGUGGUGGAUGUAUUCACGCAGCUCAACCAGAGCUUUGAGAUUAUUAAGAAGCUGGAGUGUCCUGACCCCAAAGUCAUGGCGUUAUACAGUCGCCGGUUCGCCAGGACCAUUGCCAAGGUCCUGCUGCAGUACAGUGCCAUCCUGAAGAAGAGUUUCCCGUCCUACUGCGACAAGGAGAAGAUUCCCUGCGUCCUGAUGAACAACGUGCAACAGCUGCGAGUUCAGCUCGAGAAGAUGUUCGAGUCGAUGGGAGCCAAACAGAUGGACACCGAAGCCAGCGACAGCCUCAAUGAGCUGCAGGUGAAGCUGAAUAACGUGCUGGAUGAGUUGAGCUCGACGUUUUCCAACACGUUUCAGAGUCGUAUUGACGAGUGCACACGGCAGAUGGCGAGUCUGCUGUACCAGAUUAAAGGGCCGGCGAACGCCAACAGCCGGAACCAAGUGGAAGCCGAUUCGGACAACGUGCUCCGCCCCCUCAUGGAUUUCUUAGAUGGAAAUCUGAUGCUGUUUGCGUCAGUGUGUGAGAAGACGGUUCUCAAGCGGGUUCUGAAGGAGUUGUGGAGGAUCGUGAUGAACAGUCUGGAGAAGACCAUCGUCCUGCCUCAAGGCAACGACAGCUUCGGCAACAUAUUUUCUGCAGCCAAAGAUCUCGGCCAGCUCUCCAAGCUCAAGGAUCACAUGUCUGGGGAAGCCAAAAGCCUCACGCCGAAGCAGUGUGCGGUCAUGGACGUGGCUCUGGACACCAUAAAGCAAUACUUCCAUGCUGGAGGAAACGGGUUAAAGAAGGCCUUCCUGGAGAAGAGCGCCGAGCUCUCGUCACUCCGUCACGCCCUCUCGCUUUACACACAGACCACCGACACGCUCAUCAAGACCUUCGUCACCACACAGCACGCCCAGGGCUCAGGUGUGGAGAAGCCAGUGGGAGAGGUGUCCAUACAGAUCGAUCUGUUCACUCAUCCAGGCACAGGAGAGCACAAGGUCACAGUUAAAGUGGUGGCGGCGAAUGAUCUGAGGUGGCGGACAUCUGGAAUGUUCCGUCCCUUCGUGGAGGUGACGAUGAUCGGGCCGCACCUCAGCGACAAGAAACGCAAAUUCACCACCAAAUCCAAGAACAACAGCUGGGCACCGAAAUUCAACGAAACUUUCCACUUUAUCUUGGGGAACGAGGACGGUCCGGAGAGUUACGAGCUGCAGGUGUGUGUGAAGGACUACUGUUUCGGCCGAGCGGACCGCGUGGUGGGCGUCGCUGUCAUCCAGCUGCGGGACGUGGCUCAGCGAGCGAGCUGCGCCUGCUGGUGUCCGCUGGGCUCGCAGGUGCACAUGGACGACACGGGGCUGACCGUGCUGCGUAUCCUGUCCCAGCGCUCAGGAGACGAGGUGGCCAGAGAGUUCGUCAAGCUCAAAUCUGAAACCCGCUCUGCCGAGGAGGGGACGUGAGAAGUUACCCGUGGAGAAGGGAUGAAGAAUGACGACUGGAUGGACAAGUGCUUUUUGUUAGUGAUGGUAGAAUCCAUGGAUGAGGAGGAGAUUUUUGUGAGCAGUUUCCUGUGUUAUGGAUGUGGAGGAUGGAGGACAAGUUUACCAGAACUUCCUGUCAUCCACCCAGAUGCUUUUUGAAAAGCAAGCAGCUUCUCUCUCUCUCUCUCUCGCUUCCCCCCUUCCCUCCUCUCUUUCUUUCUGUCCUCUCUUGCUUUCUUUCCUCCUCUCUUUUUUUCAGCUUUAUUGGGAACAUUAACCGUAUGAAAUACAUAAUAAAUUACACAAAAAAUUUACAAUAAUUUACAAAGGAAAAAAGGUAAUGUCACCCAAGGGGUCAGCACGAACGGGAAAACCCAUGCGAGGUACUGCCCAACUCUCCCUCCUUUCUCUCUCUCUCUCUCUCUCUCUCUCUCUCUCUCUCUCUCUCUGUCCCCCCUUCCCCCACUAGUGAUAGUUUCUGUCACUCUCUUACUUUCUCACUGUUUUGGCCUUUGGUGUGUGUGUGUGUGUGUGUGUGUGUGUGUGUGUGUGUGUGUGUGUGUGUGUGUGAGAGAGAGAGUGAUAACUGUCCAGUACACAGGUUCCCUAUUUCUAUUGUGUACUUUUUCACUGCCUGCUAUUUUACCGUUUCUAUAUAAAUGCCUUAUUUUGUCGAAUGUGUCAAAUUUGAGGGAAAAAUAUCGCUGUACUUUUAUUUUACUUCUCACCACUUGGAUGAAUGUUUUGUAUUUAAGCAUUUUACAACACGUUUCUCACCGAAUAAUACGGUACCCGAACCCGACUUAGAAUCCUGAUAUGUCUAAGUGAUCUCGCUAACCGUGUGCCUUCUGAGCGACGGGUAGGCUGUGUUUCAGACGACGGAUGAUCUUUUUGCUCUCAGUCUCCUCAUCAGCAGCAGCAGAUCGAGUGAAGGAAAUUAAAGGAGCCUUUCAUAUAAAUUCUGUAUUAAAAUAGCCAUCAGGUAUGUGUGGAUAGUACAGUUUUAUAUGACGAUGAUGAUUAUAUUAAAGGGGCAACGUGUAAUUUAAAAAAAAAUUUUUUUUUUUUUGAGCCCUUUCAGCCAACACUAAUGGCACUUUUAAAGUGAUGUAUAACAUUAUGGUUGAUUGGGGGUGGGGUUUAAUUCCAUUAUGUGGUGUAAAUAAUUUUCAAGGUUGUUAGACUGUAUCUAUGGUUUUGUACAUGUAGAAACACUUUUAAACUUUACACACUGCACCUUUAACCUGUUCCACAAUAUUAUGAGAACCGUUCUCUGUUAGAAGCAUUACAAGGUGACCAGUGUUUGAUAUUUGAUACAUCGUUCCCCAGUGAGACGACGUGUUUGUAAAUGAAAUGUGUUGGUUAAAGAAGUGCCAAAUGAAUAAAAUGUGAGGACAGAUGUGGA